AUGCGUUUCACUGCUGCCGUCCUGAUGCUCGCGACCGCCAUUGGCGGCGCCACCGCCGCGCCCAGCGCUGAGGCCGCCCAUCUCCAGGCCAGAGACGAGCCUGUCAACAUUCAGGUCUGCACAGGCAUCAACAAGGCGGGCUGCACAGGCUUCACAGUCUACACUCAACAUCAGUGCUUCAACUUGCACGGCACUCCCGUCGACCAGAAUGUGCACUCGGUGUCUAUCCCUGAUGGUUACCGUUGCCGCUUCUGGAGCUCAACCGUCUGCAAUGGCGGUGGUACCGGUGAUAUCCAGGCCCCUGGCAACGACAACAUCGGCUCGAGCGGCGUGAGCUCUGUCAAGUGCUACAAGAACUAA